GGCGGGUGCUGGUUGCCCGCGCUGGAGCCGCUCCCGGCGCGCAUGCCCAGUAGCUGCGCCUAGCGGGCACCGGCCAUGGCUGAGUGGACUCCUGCCCAGGCUUGGGAAUGGGACGUGGAGCCCCAGCACCUGGCGCCUUUCCAGCCCCCUGCCCUCUUUGAGCAGACUGCCGAAAGGGAGAUCUACCCGACAGCCGAGAUCUCCCUUUGGACGGUGGUGGCUGCCAUCCAGGCGGUGGAGAGGAAGGUGGAUUCCUAUGCCACACGGCUGCUGAACCUAGAAGGGAGGACAGCCACCGCGGAAAAGAAGAUCUUUGAGUGUGAGAAAACGGAGCUGGAGUUCAGCAACCACGUGGCUGCCCUGGGAACCCUGAUCCAGGAGUACGGGAUGCUGCAGAGGAGGCUGGAGAACAUGGAGAACCUGCUCAAGAACCGGAACUUCUGGAUCCUGAGGCUGCCCCUGGGCCCGAGGGGAGAGGUCCCCAAGGUCCCAGUGACCUUUGACGACGACGCGGUCAGCUUCUCCACGCAGGAGUGGGCCCGUCUGGAGGAGUGGCAGAAGGAGCUCUACAAGAACAUCACCAAAGGCCACUACGAGCCGUUGGUCUCUCUGGAUUCUGCCAUUUGCAAAGCCGGUAACCUGCCCACAACGGAGCGAGCGGAAGUGCCCCAUGUCACGAAUCAGGAGUUCCUGGAGGAAAGGGCCUUCCCCACAGAUCUCAGGACAGAAGCGGAGUCUUUGACUUCCAAAGAAGAUCUUUUAUCCUGGAUCAAGCAAGAAGAACCGCCUGGGAAAGGCAAGUGGGAACCGCAGAGAGAGAUCCCCCCCGAUCUCAGCUAUGAUGACAGCACCAUGAUCAAAAGCGAGGAGCAGAAUCUCGGAGUGGCUCCGAAAGCCCUCCCACCAAGCCACGGGAUGCUAUCUGGGACUCCUGGGGAGGACGUUUUCCAGGUCCCCAAGCCAGAAGUGAACGGCGAGAGACAGCCAACUGCCCCUCCUGCCCAACGGCUGGAGGAACCCCCCCAGGGCGACAAAAGCUGCCGCGGCCCGGAAGCAGCCCAGCCGGAAGCCUGCCUCAAAGCGGAGCCCUCCCAGUGCGUCAAGUGCCAAGAGGGCUUCUCUUGUGAGCAACAGUUUUCCUUGCACCAGAGAAUCCACGCUGGAGAGGAGAUGUACGGGGAAAGUGUCCUGUCAUCGCUCGAACCUGGCGCCCAGCAGCUACCAGACCCCUACGCGUGCGCAGACUACAAAGGGAGCUUUGGCGAACAGCCCUUCCCCCAAACAGCGGCGCGGCCGUACGUCUGCUCCCUGUGCCCCAAGAGUUUCCGGCUCAAGACCAGCCUGUUGAUCCACCAGAAGACGCACACCAUGGGGAAAAGCGAGAGCGCGUUCGUGUGCCCCGAAUGCGGGUGCGGCUUCAGCCACCAGGGCCAGCUCACCCGGCACCAGGCCAUACACGCCGACCGGCCACACCAGUGCUCGGAGUGCCACAAGGCCUUCAACCGCAAGUCCAGCCUGGUGGUCCACCUGAAAACCCACCGAGAGAGACCCCGGCCCUUCCAGUGCCCACAGUGCCACAAAACCUUCAUCCGCAAGCAGCACCUGGAUGACCACACCCGGACCCACACCGGCGAGAAGCCGUACCAGUGCCCCGAGUGUGAGAAGCGCUUCGCCGAGAAGUCCAAGCUGACCAACCACUACCGCAUCCACACUGGCGAGCGCCCAUACCGCUGCGGCCAGUGCGACAAGCGCUUUGUGCGAGCGCACCACCUGGUGAAGCACCAGAGCAGUGUCCACCAGGCCGGGGCGAAGCUGUACUCGUGCCGGGAGUGCGGGCAGAGCUUCAGCCACGCGCAGGCCUUCGUCAGCCACCAGGCCAGCCACGCCAACGGGGAGAGGCGGCACUGCUGUGGCGAGUGCCUCAAGACCUUCGCCCGUAGGAAGUACCUGCUGGAGCACCAGCGCAUGCACACGGGGGAGAACCCCUACGCCUGCCCCCACUGCGGAAAGCGCUUCCGCUACAAGCAGUCGCUCAAGCAGCACCUGCGGGUGCACGGCGACCAGCCGCCCCCUGGCACGGAGCAGGGCCCGGCACUGGGCAGCGCGGCUGAGAAACUGCCUCUCUCUCCGGCCAACCCUUCCAGCGGCACCUGA